GGCGAGAACUGAAACUAGAUUUGUCUAGGCCUGGAUCUAUGACUAUGUAACGGUGACUCGGUGACGGGACACAAAAACUACCCAAGCAAAAUGUUCCACGCCAUCACAAGUCGCGAGACAUGCCAGUGUAUCGAGCCUGGCUGUGUGCUGUGCUACCCCAAUCAUCUCUCAAUCCAGUUCACACAGCAGACGAUACGGAAUGUCAGACACGUUUGUUGUUGUUUUCUAAAGAUCUAUAGUCAACUUUAAUUCGCGUGUUCGGUUCUUUGAGUGAUAUUUGCUGCCCGUUUCAUUCAACUGUUUUGGAGGCUCCUUCAGUAUUGAACAUUUUUACAUCUCGCAGAAUGGGUCACGUUUUGAACCCGGGACGUUCGAUACGAUCGUCCAGAGUGCAUACCACACGACCAGGCAGCCAUCUACUGCUAUGAAUACAUUAAAUUAUAGAGGCUACUUUAAAAGUGCUAAGAAAAUCACUGCAAUCAACAUGUUGACAUUAGUUUUAGCAGGACUAGCUGUUGUUGUUUGUACCGUUGCCAUGGUGAGGUAUAUGUCUGCCAGCUAUGACGUGCUUAGAAAGAUGGGCAUCGAACAUCCGCCAGCCAAAUGGUUUCUGGGAAACUUCGACCUGUCUGUGAAACACGGACUGUUUGAGAUGCAGCGAGUUUUCUACAAUAAAUAUAAAGACAAGAAAGUCUAUGGUUGGUAUAACGGCAGACGACCUGUGAUGAUUGUCAGAGACCUUGACCUUGUCAAAGACAUUUGUGUCAAAAACUUCAACAGUUUCAUUGAUCGUCACAUAAUUUUCGAAGGCGAGCCCCCUGUACACGACAACCUCCUCAACUUAAAAGGUGACCACUGGAGACACGUCCGUACUACCGUCAGCCCAACUUUCACGUCCGGGAUGAUCAAGCGAAUGGCGUCGCAUAUUGAAAGAAACGCCAAAAUUUUGUUAGAAAAUUUGGAGGAUUUCAAAGAAGCUAAAAAAGAAGUCGAACUGAAAGAGAUCAGUUCCUGCUUUACUCUUGACGUCAUCGCCAGCACCGGGUUCGGCCUUGACAUCAACACGCUCAAAGAUCCCAAGAACAAAUUCGCCGUGGAAGCUCGCAAAGUUCUGAGCCCCAACCCGAUCUUGUUCAUUUUAGUCUUCUUCGUUCCAGAGCUCAUGAAACUUUUCUCCAAACUGGGGCUGUCCAUCAUGUCUCGGAAAUCUCUGGAGUACUUAACCCGCGUAGUUGACCAGCUGAUAGAAGAAAGAACAAAGGAUGGUUUGAAGGGCAAGGUCAAUGAUUUCCUAGAUCUCUUGAUGAAUGCGGAAACAGAAGAAGGUCAGACAAGUGGAAAAGAUUUAACAAGAUCAGAAAUACACGGGCAAGCACUCGCCUUCAUUUUAGCCGGAUACGACACUGUAUCCACGGUCAUGUCCUUCACCUUGUUCUUCUUGGCCAUGAACCCUGAAUGUUGCCAGAAAGCCCAAGCAGAGGUGGAUGCGAAAUGUGGCAAGGAGUUCCCAGACUACGACAAAGUGCAGUCACUGGCCUACCUGGACAUGUGCCUUAACGAGGCCAUGCGAUUAGUUCCACCGGGCAUCUUGAUCAACAGGGUCUGUGUUCAGGACACGGACAUUCAGGGUGUUCAUUUCCCAAAAGACAUGAUCGUCAUCAUUCCAGUUUAUGCUUUUUACACUGACCCAGAUAUUUUCCCAGAACCCGAGACGUUUGACCCUGAGCGUUUUAGUCCAGAGAACAAGUCAGCCAGGCACCCGUACGCUCACUUACCCUUCGGUCAAGGUCCACGGAAAUGCAUAGGCAUGAGACUUGCGCUUUUAGAACUGAAGAUAGUCAUGGCGGCCAUUCUGCAAAGGUUCACUCCUGUUCCUUGUAGCAGGUCUGUCUAUCCAAUCAAGCUCAGCAAAAUGCAGCCCAAAGCGCAGGACGACCUUUGGGUUAAAUUUCAAUCAAGAAAAACCUGAAGUUUAAAUCUUAUGUUUUGUUUUUCACUGUUAUGUAGAUUUCGUAUUCAAUAUACUCAUGUGAUAAGUGCAAAAUAUACUUUUUAUUUUGACGCUAAUUUUGAAACUAAUUGAGUUGUUUUAAUCAAAUCUUGAUGAAUAUUGUUGAGAGCUGUUUUUUUUUUUUGGGGGGGGGGGCCUUUAUAUUUGUAAGAUAUUUUUAACCUUUUACUUUUCCAGAAAAAUAGAGAGAGAGACACAUAUAAGCAUAUAAGAUUUGAAUAUUUAGCCCAUCUGCUUUAUAGUUUCUUCCAAAUCUCGGCGCAAUGUCGUACCCUCUUUCUGGGUCGUACCCUCUUUCUCUUUCCUUGGGGGUUCCAGGCUUCCAGGUGGGGGCUUGCUUUACAAUCAAGCCCAAACUAUUUAGUUCUAUUAUCUACACCCCAGUAAGAAUUUGUGUUAAUUUGCUUUUACUGCAACCUACAAAGGUUAGCUUGUGAUUUUUAAGUUCUGUGAUGUCAUAUAGGAUUUAAAAACAAACAAACAUGUAUAUUCUAUUCUGUGCACUCCUUAAGCCUAUGUUUAAUUAGAAUACGCUCGUUUAGUAAAAAAAAGUCUUUUAGUGAUUUUCCCAGAUUGGGUAUAUGCUUAAAAUAUCUCAAUCAUUGGUUAUCACUAACACCCCAACAAUUCUACAGUGGAAGUGUAUUUAAAAAUGUAUUUACAAUGGAAUAAAACGUGUUUUGUUGUU